AUGCAGAACACAAAACGUGGCAAGGCCGUGCCGACUGACACCCCGGCGUCCAAAUUCUUGUACGCUAUACUCAAACAGUUGGAUCUUAGAUCGGUUGAUUGGAACCUAGUGGCCACUGAUCUCGAAAUCUCCAACGGCCACGCUGCACGGAUGCGAUACUCCCGCUUCAGACAGCAGAUGGAGGGCAAUGUUCCAUCCACCCGGGCUCCCCGUGCUAAGAAAGACAACCCAAAGUCGAACAAG